AAAUAAAUAUAAAACCCUACAAGCCCCACGACUUUAAUCCAUUCCCUCCCUAUUCCCUUCUCUCUACCUUUCGACAUAAGUAUAUUUAAAGAGAACACAAAGGGCAUAACGAAGGCGGUGGCGAGCGCAUAUAGCUACUUGCUAUAUUAUUCUUCGGCCAAUACCUACUAUUCAUAUUCUAUAUACAUACCUACCCAACCUAUGUAAGCAACAUCAGGCUAGGUACCUACGUACAUUAUAUCUAUUUCGAUCAGGGCGGUAUUUUGAACAUAUCACCUACCUAGUCGUAACGCUUGUCUGGUCUAAGCGUAUGCCAGCAUCCGAAGCUCUAGUAACACACGAGUAAGUUCGUCCAUCCCGAACCAGGCGUUGUCGAGUACUAACGCAACCAGCACCCCAGCUAUUCUUUCCCGUCUUAACUUAACGGCAACUACCCUUCCUUUAUUUAACCAUCCUUAUUACUUAACCUUACUAUUCUCUCCAUAAUAAUGUCUCGAACGUCAAGCUCUCAUAACACCGCCCUCGCCGAAAGCAUUUCCGAACCGGACUGGGACUGUGUUGGCAGAGAGGGGUAUGACUACUUUUACAUCGACAAGUUCACCGAAGAACGUCCCCCGCACCUCAAUAACAAAAACUUUUCCUCCACACAGCCCGUCGGUUCCGCCACCCAACCCAGGCGAUGCCCAAUGAUUAAAAAAGACCGUGGAGCUGGCGAUAGCACCGAGCAUGUGUCGACUGACAGCGUCGAAAACUAUACCUUCGUCCAGUAUGCACCGUCAUCCGCCAACACGAACGAGACCCUAAAGCGUGGUGAUCCAUUUGGGUAUCGGCCCGACUUGGACUACUACAAGAACCGCAACUAUGCCGCUGCCGAUAGCGCCCAACCCUUGACCGUGGCAGCCGUCGCCGCACUCGACUACACCAACCACGCUCAGUCCUUUGACGGGAACAUCUACGGCUGGAUGCCCCGAGUUGGACGCGUUGGACAGGCCGACCCGGCCGACUACUGGAGCACCAGCCACUUGAUAACCAAAGCUCCGAAGAGCCGCAGCUCGAUGGCGACUAACAUGUCGUGGUGCGUCGUCCCCUCGGCCCAGGAGCAUCACGAUGCGGAGAUGCUUCGUGACGUCGGAGGCUGGUCCGACAUCCCGGCCGACCCUAGAACCGCUAUGGCGAGGAGCAUUCGAGACGAAGACAUGUUGGAAGCCUAAGGGCGAUGGAUACCGAUGUCGAUGAUGACGACCACGACCGCGACGGUGACGAUAAAGAUGAUGAGAUUAAUAUAAUAUAUCGGUUGAUGUUGGAGAGGUACAUAACCUGUACUUGGAUUGGGCGUUCAGUGUGACUCGGAGGAAAACAGAAAACAAGGUUUCCUUUUGUCAAUAUUGGUUGGGGCUAUCAGGGGCAAUAUUCCUUCGUCCUUAUAUUUGUUGUAUAGCCAUGUAAC